AUGCUCCUUCUCGUGUUUGCCAUUCAUUGCGCAUGCCAUACCACUUCCAUCGCUUCAACAGCUCUGUUUGUUGGUAAGCCUGCCAAUGACACCGAUGAGAAUGACACAACCGGGACCAUGGCCAAUGACAGUGACACAGCCGUGACCAUGACCAAUGAUAAUGACACAACCGUGACCAUGACUACGUCGUGGACCUCAACUACGUCGUGGACCUCGAGUACAUCGUGGACCUCGAGUACAUCGUGGACCGCGGCAAUGUCAUCGGCCACAUCCACGACAUCAACGCUCACUGAGGAGGAGGACAUGGCUGCGGACUCAGCCUGGAGCUUCGAGAACUUCGAGUCUUUGUGGCUGGCCGCCUCAUUGUCGAGCUUUAGUCGGGAUGACUGGAUCAAUGACCAGCAAACCAUCAUUGGACUCGUGUUGCUGGGCACAACCCCGUGUGCAGCAUGCUUGCUGGGAUAUUGUGCUGUCUGCUUAAGAGGCAUCUUCUAUAGGCGGAGCGCGCAAGACAUGCAGAAGGAAUUGGCGGAGCAUGGUCUAGUGCAGAUUACAAAGCUGGUAUUGACAUUGAGCUCUCUUUGGGAGAGUGCUGCCUUGUUCGUCCUCCUCCACAGCACCCUGAAGUAUUCUCCAGCCAUUGCAGUCGUGGAGGCAUUCUGCUACAGCUUAUACCAAGGUACCGUGGUAUUCCUGCGGCACAAGCCCAAGGUGCAAGCGGAGGCAAAGCGCAAACAUCUGCAGCCAGUGUCUGUGUACACGGACCUUCAUGUGGGGAAUGUGAUUGAGUGCCUAACAGUUUUUGUGCUCCAGGUGAUGUUGUACAUGUUUCUUCUGCUGACUGUUUACCACCAAGAGAAACUUAUUGAAGAGGAAAUCACAGAGCAGCAGUUUUUCAUGUACGUCUGUGGCUCAAUUGUCGGUAUUGUGUUGCGGCUGCGUGAGCCAUCUUUCCUGGCAGCCGAAUGGGAGCCCUUCUGGAGACCUUACUUCUGUGAAGAGGGCUUCCAACGGCGUCACCAUUUUGCAAGAGCGCGCUGCUUUAUGUCAUGGCUGGCGAACGAGGCUUUUGCCCGUACAAUAUUCUUCUUGCUCCCAGUCAUCUUGAUGUACUCACCCGACCUCUUGGAGUUUGUGAAGGAUGCCACAUGCAUCGUGUUCAUCGCGCAUCUCGACGAUGUCCAGAGCACGGAUGAAGAGCAGUGGAUCCCCAAGGAAGGGUUUGAGGUACAGGAGAAGCUGGCGGAAUUGAAGAAGCUCAUGGCUGAAUUUGCGGAUAUGAAGGAGAGAGACGACCAAAAGAAGCUGAUCGGCCAGCAGCAAGAGAGGAUUCAGGAGCUUCAGCAGCGCGUGACGCAGCAGCAAGAAAACAUGCAGGAGCUGAAACAGGCUGCAGAGAAAGGACAGGCACAGACGAUGGAGCUUGCGGCGCGAGUGGAGAGAAGGCUGAGGCAGCUUGAAGACAACAGCCAAGUGGAAGAGCUCAAGCGCUUCGUGCAACAGAAGAUGAAUGAAGUCGAGACGACGAAGAUGGAGUUGAAGCAGUUUGUGGAAGACAAGCUGCCAGAUCAAGCUCGGCUCAGGGAUCUUGUGGAGCAGAAGGAGAAAGAGCUGGAGCAGCUGAAGAAGAAGCUCAUGACGAUUCAGGGCUCGGAUUCUUUGUGA